AUGCCAUGCCAAGAGACUUGCGCUGCGCUGUGAGGCCCAGCUGGUCAGCUGAUGAUCCGGCAUCAUCAGGAUGUUGGGUGAUUUGACAGGUGAGUAGCUAUGUCCAGUUGUCAAACUGGGGGCUAUAAGAGAGUUAAGGAUCUGGCCUGUAACCAAAUCAAGUCCCCCACCCUUGAACUAAACAAUUGCCAUUCUGUGGCCAUGAUUUUAGAUAGUGUACUUGUAAAUGCUCAUACGAUUGGCACAUUUGAUCUCUUCCCAACUCUUAAAAGAACUUCUCGAGAGAAAAUAUUAUAAAAAUAUAUUAUGUGAACAGUAUGCAUUCUCACCUUUUCCUGUGCAAUUUAUAUCAACUCAUUCUGAACUCAUGGAUUUCAACCUCAAGGUUAUAAGCAGAUAUUUCUUGGAGAAAGGAAAGUUUUCCAUUACGCUAUUGGUGUAUAGUGAUUAGUGUGUUGGACUAGGACCUGAAAAACCAGGGUUCAAAUCCUCACUCAGCCAUGAAGCUCACUGAGUCUCAGUGUAACCUACCUCACAGGGUUGUUGUGGGUUUCAAAUGAGGACCAUGUAUGUCACACUGUGCUCCUAAGAGAAAGAUGUGGGAUAUAAAUGCAAUAAAUAAGCAAGUAAAUAAAAACUCUAGGGCACCUUGUCCUUUCUCUCUUCAAUCAGAUCUCAUAUUUAAGAUUAGGGAGCAUCUGUUCUGAUCAGCAGAGGAGUCUGUGCUUUGGGGGCCUUUUGUGUUGACAAUCAUCUCCAAAUUGCUUGGGAGUGGCAACAUAUUACCUUUUAAAGCAUUAGUUUUUAUAAAGUUAACUCAUUUCAGUUACAGUGUUGCUUAAGCUGCCCUUUUCAAGUCGUGUAACAUUCAUUUAACAGCAUCUCAUUCACGACAGGGUGGAUAACUGAGAGAAAACGAACGCGUGAAGAACACGCAAAACCGCGGCCGCCUGCCUACCGCCGACCCUGCGUGGGCGCUCCCAGGAAUUGUUUUGAGAACCAGCGCGAUUCCGCUUGGGAGAGGACCUCUCGGGAACUCCAUUUCCCGGCAGGCUACGCAAAAGGGGGCGUGGCCGGCCAUGGUUGAGUGCUGCCCUCUCUUGGGUACAUCUAGGAAGUUGAAGAGCGAGAAGGUGACAGUAAAUGAGGGGGAGGGAGAGCUGUCUGUAAGGGGUCCUGGGGGGGUGAAAGCGCCCCUGGCAGCGCACAGGAGAGGAUUGCAACAGCUGGAACUACCUGGUGCCAAAAGAAAAGCCAGGGGAGAGCGGCGGGACAAGCAGAGGGCACCCAAGUUGAGCCGAGUUGGCCAAGUGGCUGGGGAAGUGGCGUGUUUUUCUCCCCCUCCCCUCCAGUGGCUGCGCAGCCGACUCUGACCUUCACGGGAGGGUAAGUACGCCGAGAGCGGGCAGACUCGGGACGCGCGUGCCACUUCCAGGCAAAAAAGCUACAACCUCCAGAGGCGCCGACUGGGGCGGGCGGGCGUGUGAACUGCCCGCCGAGGUGGCGGCAGCAACACCCGCUGUGUGCGCGUUGGGGGUGGGGGAUAAAAUAAAAAAUAAACAGAAAUCCCCCGGUUGAGGUGGUGGGUGGGAGCGAGGCGGGAUAACCCUAAAGGAUCCAGCGCUCCGUUUCACCGACGAGGCGCGCGAGGUCGCCUUAAAGCGGAGCAGGUGGAAGAGUGAGAAGGUGUCGAAGCGGGGGUCGCGAGGUUGUGUUUAGCCGGAAGGAAAGUGCGGGGGAGGGGGGGAGAGACGCGUCGUGGGAUCCAGAAGUUUGUAUGCGUAACUUGGGUCGCUGAGAAGGGGAGGCAGAUGCGGGUGGACCGUGGAGGGCAAGCAGCUCUCUCCGCCGUCUCUCCCCCCGCCUACUCCUUUGCAAGAGAUCAAGCCGGCUUUGGAGCCAUCACAGUGUGCUUGGGUCCCGAGUCGACUCUCGCCACCCCGACGGGAGGGGGGACGACGCCGAUGACCCAUUGCCGGGAACUGUCAAUGUGUGUGGGGGGGGAGCGCGGGGGAGGGGAGAGCCGAUGGCGGAACCGGAGAAGUCAAGCAGCAAAACAAUUGGGGGGGGGGAGAGGGAGGGAGGAGAGCCGCUCAACUCCACCCGCUCCAAGGCGGAGAGGGGUUGGCGAAGGGCUGCUCGCUUCUGCCCUCCUCUCUCUUGCCUUCUCAGCAGCGCCGCCAGGAGCUUAGAGGGGAGCCGCCGGGGGCCUCUUACGUAACUGCCGCGGCCGAAAGCCGGGAAAGUGCCGGCUGCUCCGAGCGGGGCAGCGGCGGAGUUUGCAAAGUCCGGCGCGGGGGCGGAGUCGGGCUGCGCUGGUUGCUGCGCUCCGUCGGCGCGCGAUCUCCGAGAGCCGGGCUUGCCUCGCUCUUGGCGCGAGACGGAAGUUCCCGAUGACAAGCGCUGCAAGGCUUCUCAUUAGUUUAAUGAGCGCUCAUUGUUGUUAAUUUCCAUGUCCCGGGAAGCUCCCACGUGCGCUGUCAGGAGACGGUGGCGCAAAGGGAUACCGGGCGCGUCCUGCGAGCAGCCACCCAGCCCGCCCGCGGCGCUGUUUUGUAGCCAGGCUGUUUCCGUGCUGGGAAGAGGUGCCUUCACGUGUCUCACCUUGCAGGCCUUGGUCCGAGGCAAGAGGACGUCAAGGCCUGUGGCUUCCUCGGGAGUAGGGUUGCCAACUUUCCUUUACUGCCUCUGCUCCCGUGCUUCCAGCUGUGGCCCAACUCAGAGAAAUAAAAUCUCAGGAGCAGGGAUGCCAAAUUGAAUAAAAUAUUGGGGGGACGGACAUGUAAGCCCCACAAGACUCGUUUCACACCCACCACUUGAAUGGCAAUGGCCAUCAACUUUGGGGGUCCAGCCUCCUCAAAUAUUUUAGGGGCGCUGAAAAGACCUAGGCCCCUAGGAGUUGGUGUCUAUGCUCAGGAUAGGCUUCACCUGUUUAAUUUAUAGUCAUAGGGCUGCUCUUCACUGGCAGUGGAGAAGGUCCAGUUUAAAAAGUGGAAGAAAGCUUAGUUUAAAAUUUAGUUCAGCCAUCUAAACUACAGCAAAUCUGAUGACCAGCAAAAGUGUGUGUGUAGUAUAUAGGUAUUAUAUAGAAUGGGAUAUGGUACUCUCGGCACAUUUCUUUGUGUCAUGAAAACUUCAGAAUUCUGAAAACUGCUUCUUUUCCUGAAUAGUUUUGUAGUGACUUUCUGAACACUUUGAGGGCAACCGCUCUGAGACCUGGUGACUUUUUUUUCUUAACGCACGUGGUUGAAAACUGAACAGAUGGCCAAUGUGUGGAUAUUCCCUCCCCCUCUGUGCUGUUAAUUUCCUCUAUCAUAUUUGUUUGACUUCAUGCAUGGCUGCCCUCCAUCUCCAGCAUGGGGGUUUGAGUGGGGCUGCGUUGACAGGUCUUUGCCUGCUUUUUCUCGGGCCCCUUGCUUUUCUUUCUGUUUACAGAUGCUAGAUAUACAGGUGACUCUGUAUCAGACAAGCAGAUCUGGCAAAUAAUGAGAGCGGUCCGUCCUUCAGAGCUCUUACUCCUUGGAUGUAAACUCAAGCUGAGUUUUGUCUCUUGAGUUAAAAACUAGUCCAGACUGUGGAUUCUAAGUAAAUGGAAGGCUCUGCGGCCGGCCUCUGCCUCAUCUUAAAAGUGAGAUGGGGGAUUUUAGGUGACUGAAUGUUCAUACUUGGGGUCUUUUAUAGACAGGGCCUGGAUUUGGCAACUCUUAACAGGGCACCUUUAUCUUUUUAAGCGUUGGCUAGAAGAGGAAAGGUGUUUGCUAUCAUCUUGCUACAGCAGUAGGAGAAACUGCAUUUGAUUUCAAAAUAAAAGAUGACCCAACUGUCCUAUCAAAAUGGCUAGAAAAAGCCACAGAGUGAGAUUGCCCCCAAAAUGUCACAUUCCUUGCAUAAAGGCUUGAGGUAGAUAGUGAUGAAAUGCUGCUGGUAUGAACGGUCUCUCAGUCCACUUUCACACAUGCUUUUUGAAUUUUUGGCAUCUUUAGCAAGAACAGAAAACCUACAUUGGUAAUAAUAAUAAUAAUAACUUUUAUUUAUACCUCGCCAUCUCUGGCCAGAGCCAGGCUCAGGACGGCUAACACCAGUAAAAUUACAAUAAAAACAUAAUAAGAAAAAAAAGCCUGUCUAUGUCAUUUGAGUGCCUCUCUUCUACUUUUUUAAAAUUCUGGCAUGAACAGCAUUCUCACAUGCACACAAAAUCAGGCGAGAGAGGCUCAAAGAUCCAUUUAGUGACAUGUGUGACUACGGGUAAAGGAGCCCUUGUCUCAGACUGCCAGUGCCACUUUAAAGAUAGCUAGAUCCUGAACCCAUAAUAAGCUCUCCAAACAGCUGUGCCAAUGCAUCUUACUGAGAUGGUGCACCACUCGUUCUUGUCGGCAGGAGCUAGGAAGAAGCACACCAUGUGCACUAGGUGAUUAAUUAGCCAGAAAACACGUGACCGAGGCAACCAUUUAUUCCCUGUCAGUAUCAAAGGAGAAAUUCCAAACUACUACAAGGGGAAAGGAGUGGUGACUGUAAAUGUUGAGUCAUUCGGUGAUACGUAGUUGGCAGAGCCUGAUUUGAUACCAUAACAUAAAAACUUGCAGUUGCUUUUCAGCUCAAGUGCAUCGGAAACCUAGUAGUAUAUUUUCAACCCCAGAAGUAAUCACUAUGCAAGGCAAUUUCUCUCAAGAGAGAAACUAAAGUUUUCAGCAGAUGUUCAGGUUCAUGUAAACUACAGGGAAAAGUUUACGGUGCCCACUCCUCUAUUCUUCUCUGUAUCCUUAUCCUCUGCGUAGUUCUGCUACUUUCUAUUACUUCAUUAAAAAAAGGAAAUAAUAACAAAAAGUAUGUGUGCACAUGCUCAUACACAAACACAGACAUAAAUAUGUUGCCUCUACACAUGUAGACACAUAUGCUAAUAGGCUGGGGAACCUGUGGUCCUCUGGACGUUGUUCGAUUCUAGCUCCCAUCAUCCCCAGCCAGUAUGGCCAAUGGUCAGGGAUGAUGGGAGUUUGAAUCCAGCAACAUCUAUAGAACAGGAGGUUCCCCACCCCUCAUUUCACAUGGAGGGGCCAAAGGUUGGCAUUAGCUCCCACACUCUCAUCCCCUUGUGCCUGGCGAUUCCCUCCCUUCUUUCUUGGUUUGAGGCAAACCAUACUUUGCUGAACUGGCAAGCAAUGGUUUGCCCUUGUUUUGCCACAAAGGAUUAUAAACUGGGAUAGGAUCCUGGUUUGCAGGCCAAGCACAAAGAAGCGAUGGGGGAUGAAGAAACAAUUGAGUUGAAGGGUCCAGUCUGGCUCCCUCAAACAAAACCAAAUCACGGAUAAGCAUUAUGUUUGAACCGUAUCUGAACUACAGUCAUUUAUUCAAUGUUCGUAAGUGCAGCUUGUGAGUAUCUGAAAGUAUGCCUUUCUUUCUGGCUACAAUAAGUUAAAAGUGUGUGUCAUGCCAGGAAGAGUCUCACUACCACCUUCCCCAUAUUACUUUGUGGUUCUUGGGAUUGCUGUGUGCCUGGACUGUUCUCCACCAUGGCCUCAGAUUGUGGAUGAGGCCAUCAUUUUCCAGCAAUGGUCAUAGGGAUGUAUUUACAUUAAAGUAAUCAUUCCUUCUAUUUCCAAAGUUCGGAGCUGAGUGUGGAUACGGUCAGAAAUUCAAAAUGGCACCAUCCACAUACAGUACCAGCAGUUUGGGAGGAGCCUCAAGAUUUGUAAAAGAACAAAAAAAAUCACCAAGAGGGACGUUCCUUGCCCUCCUCAAGUUUUAAAACAGCCAAUUGAGGACUGAACAUGCUUGGAUGGACGUGGAAUGCUGGCUGGCUGGUGUGUGUGUGUGUGUGUGUGUGUGUGAGAGAGAGAGAGAGAGAGAGAGAGAGAGAGAGAGACACAAACCAGAAAACAGAGGGAAGCAUAUGGAAUGGCAUAUCCUGGAAAGGGCCAUGGUUUGCUGGAACACUAAAAAGGAUCAUUCCAUGCUGCAACAUUUUGUUACUUUGGUUAUUCUGUGGUAUCAGGAUAUCCCUGCUUUGUGAUCCAUGAAACAGAUGCUGUGGUUUCACUAUAUAACUUACUUAAGAGGUACUAAAGAGAAUUUUAUAUUCAUUCCUCGUAAACACAUAGAUAUAAUUUCCAUAGUAUGUAUUAAUGAUGCUUUCCAAGUGACAUUGGGUGGCUAAAGUCCAGGGAUUCUUCUUAUCAGCAGGAAGCUGCAGGAGGGUGUGAAUCUAGUUUCUUUUUCCCCCUUCCAUGUGCCUUUGUUUUCAUUCUAUAGCAGCAUUGCACAUGGUGACGUGCUUGAAAUUUGGACUUGGUUUUCCCUUCCUUACCUAAGAUUUAUGCAAUGGACAAAAAGAGCUUGGUUAAGCGCGCACACCCACGCACACACACACACACCGGUUUUUCUCAUCAUUGUAUUUUUUUUAAACUAGGGAAGAACCAUAUUGCAGGAAGUCUAUCUUCUGUAAUGGUUAUUAUUGCUGCUGUUCUCUGGUGGCGGCCAUCCUUUAUUAAAAUUUCAGGACUGCAGGAUCCUAUGCAGUUUAGGGCUCACUUCUGAAACGAGGGGUAGUUGUUAAGGUUUAGAAUAACCAGGAAGCCUCUUCAGACAUCUGGCCUGGUAUGGUUGUGGCCUGGCUUAUAAAGUGCUUUGGAAUUCUGGGAUAUAUUAUGGAUUUCACCUUGACAGAAGAAGUCUAGGUAGUGACAGCAAAUGAAUGACAAUUGUGCACACACACUAAUAAUCUAGAAAGGCCCUGGGAAUGCUGUUAUGUAAGGCUGCCGUACAUCCAGAAUUUCCUGGACAAACCUGGAAUACUGCAGUAAUAAGCAGUGUCCUGGAGGAAAUUGACAAAAAAAAAAAAAGUCCUGGAAAAUCCGGACGCAUGGCAACCCAGUGUCGUUUUUGCUGAUUUCCCUUAAAAAUAGCGCAAAAAUGUCAAUUUCUUUUUACAAUUUUGCCAAAAAAGCUUAACUUAAUUGCCUUUAAUGUGUGACACACAACAGAGAGACGCGAAACUGUUUUCAUCCACUGGCUGGAGCAGUGCUAAGGUUGCAGCAAACGCUGUUGCAGUGAUUCCAACAUGGAACCCUUCGCAAGUAUAUUAGCAGUGUCGCAUGAAGAUCUCCUUCAGUUGUAUGCAUUGCAUGGAACUUACAUCACUAGUGCUGUGUGGGCUUUGGUGCAGCCUUCCCCAGCUUUUGUUCAUUGCUUUAAUGGCAUUAGCUGAGUUUUCCAGAGUUGCUUAGCAGCUACCGCUGUAUAGAGUAUGUUUUUGGCAAGAAGCCUAUGAACUGCUGACUUAGACAUGAACAUGGCAUUUUGGAGUAAGUCAUGCUAAGCCUCGCUGCAAGGAGCUGCAGCAGAGGCACCAGAAACUCAAGAAUUUGUCACAGAACAGGCUUUCCCUUAGAGACAUUUAAUUGUUCAUGAACAUGAUGGCUGAGGUUCCACAGGAAAUGUGCUAUCAAUGCCGUGUGUGAUUAUUGUAGUGGUCUUUGUUAAUUGCUAUCUGAUACACCAGUCUUUACCUCAGAUAAACUACCGAAGAGCUUGCUCACACAAUCAGGAUUCAGUUUUGACACACAAGGCUUAAUAUGGCUCACGCUUCAAUUAGUUUUGUAAUGUGUGACCUUCAUUGCCUGAAAGACUAAUUCACAUUAGAAAUAAAUUGUCCCCAGAUUCUCCUCCAUAUGAAUAAGGGUAAGCUGCUAACAUAAAUAGCAGGAGUGAGACUGAAAACCGAUUGACCCCUCUCAUGUGUAAAAAGGGUACAUACAGAUGCAUACAGCAUGAUUCACAUUCAUCUCUUUUCAAUCAAAUAUACAACCUUGCUAAAAGGUUCAUUCUGGGGAGCAGCAGGUGCUUCCUACUUCCAGUAGAAGUUGGUUGUGUGAAUUCUGAUUGGUUAGCUUUUGUGACAGUCAAACUCUCCCAACACCCGCCCCCCCCAAAAAACCAAUACACGCAUGAUUGGCUUGAAAAAGCAAAACUGAAUAAAUAUUUAACUGGAUAAAUAUUUCAGAUAGAAAAUAAAAUAAAAUAAAAGUCUGCCUGAAAAACAGCAGAGGGUUGAAAAUGUGUGUUUAUGUACAUCAUUAUAAUAGUGUAAUUUGAAGGGACAGCUGAAGGGGAAAUGAUGGAAGAAGUGUGCAUGCACACGGAAGCUUGUACCAAGAACAAACUUAGUUGGUCUUUAGGUGCUACUGGACAAUUUUUUUAUUUUUUUUUGUAUAUUAUUAUUACUGUAAGAUUGUGAAGUUCAAGUUGUGGCCUCUUCAUGCAGUUUAGUGCCUGCCAGGCAAUGAGUUUCGUGAGCCACAAAAGCAUGGCUGUUGCACAAUAUUUUGAUGUCUUCUCCUCAAGAAUGUGAUUAUCUUUCUGAGAUACCCAGUGUUCGAAGCCACAAUCUAGUGGAACUUGGGAAAUACCAUUCUUUUCUCAAAUAGCAGAGACCUGCGCUAGCCCUACCAUUAAGCAGAGUGAGGCACUGCCUCAGGUAGCAGAUGCUGAGGGACAGGGAAGGCUACCCAUUCCAUUCUGUAAGAACAGAAUACUGACAGUAUAACACCAAGGGGAGUACCUGGCAUGUCAGUUAAAUGAUAGAUAAGCCCUUGAUUUAAACUGAUCCUUUCCAUAGAUAAGUUAUUAAAAUUCAGGCUUAUUUGAUGAACACUGGGGGAAAAGAAUACAUCAUUUGGCGGGAGUUGUUUUCAGUAAGUGCAAUAUUAGCUUUUUUUAUAUAUUGGAACAUCACCAAAAUAUUUGAACUAAAAUUAGAAUAAAGGAAAUUAAGGGGAUUGCCUGAAGUUCUGCCGCAGCUCAGUGGUGACCUUGGAUGAAAACACAAGCUUCCUGUGUGUGCACCAGUGUGAUGCCUUGUGGCUUGCUACACCCCACUAUUUUCUUGGCCUCGCAUACUGGCAUUGCACGAGGCCAGCAAUGGGUUUUUCUGGUUCUGUAAGAAUCCCAAACACAGAAAGUGCAACAGAAGUGGUUGAGUGGUGCUUUUCUGAGGAUGAGUCAUAUAUUUGGUUAUGAUGGCUGCUUAUAUACAAGUUCCAAAUGUACUUUGUUUUGCGCUGGGAAAUUUGUGGGGAACUUUACAGCAGCAAAAGCUGCAGGAUUCACAAUGAGACAGCACUACAGGGUUUUAAGGGUAGGGUGAGGAGAUGCAGCAGGAGAAGCUGAACUGCUGUAGAACUGCUGCCCUGGUAAUUACUGCUAUUAUUACUAAUAGUAAUAAUAAUAAGUAAUAAUUAUUACUAAUAGUAGUAAUAAUAAUAUUAAUAUUAAUUAAUAGUAUAACUGGGAAGGGGGGAAGGGAUGGCGAGUGUUUAAGCAGGCAGCUUGAUUCUUUAAAGAGGAAAACUGUCCAUGGAGUUGCCCUAGCCACUCAGCUAAUCCUUGGCUGCUGCAAGACAUUAGCUCCUGUUAUCCACAUUAUAUCAAGACACAUGCCUGAGGUGCCACUAGAAUUCAAGGAAGGCGGUGGCAAAACUCAGGUAGCUAGCAAGUGAGCCAUGCCACAUGCUCUGGGGAGAUCACAUGCUUGUGUCUUUUAUUACCAUAUUACUUUCUAAAAUACACUUUAAAUGUAAUAAAAAAUAGGAAAUAUACUAAUUUCUAAGGAUUUAUAUUAAAAAUUGUUUACAUUUCUAUAAGUGGCUGAGUAUAACUGCAGUGAAAAGGCUUUAAAUAAUUCUAGUUGAUGUUUCACGUAUGUAGAAGACAAUAGAUUCUCAAAGUGUUAAUUUCUUUGUCUAACUUCCCUUGACUAGACCAUUUCCGUCAAUUUUUAUCAUUAUGGCAAAAGACCAAAUUUUAUUACCGGCAAACCAUUUUCUGUUGGAGUUGUCAGAGGAUGCCAUUUGUCUGCUUUCAUCAUUUGGACAGCAGAUAGCAUUACUCCUAAUAAUUUUUUUGUGUUCUUUCUGUUAGAUCCUUCCUAGCUUCCAGGAAAAAUGAUAGACUGCUUAAGCAGAAAAAUCUCUAUGCAAUGUACACAAUGAUUAUCAGUAAAACAAUGAUGGAAAACAUUUUAUCUGUGUUUUAACAUACUGUGUAGUGCACCUUCCCCCAGUGUUUUGAAAGCCUUUAAAGAUUUUCUUUCCGCUGUGUCCAGUUUUGUGAUCUUGUUUCAUUUCACCUUUGUCAGCUGUUCAGAAUCAGGUUUACUCAGGUACCCUCAUAUGUUGUAGCUUUCCUGGGCCUCAUUUCCCCCCAUACUUAAUGCUGAAAUACCUGCUUUUCCAAGGGACCAUUCUGUAAACAAGACACCAGAGAAUCAUGGACGUGACAUCAAAGGAGACUCAAAAGGGUGGGCAAUUUAUUCCCGACUCUGUUACCUGCUGACCCGGCAUACAAGGGAUUUCCCCUUUUGGUGCAUCUGUUUCCCCUUCAGUUAUUUGAGUUGGAUGCAUGAAGAGUGGACGCUUGUGGGCUCUGUAUCUGAGCAAAGGACCCCAGAAUUGUACUAUGGCAACCGGCAUGCAUAAUAAAAAGGUCAUGCUCCAUAUAGGCUUAUAUGCCUUCUGCGGAAAUGCUUCCAUCCAAUUAAUAUAAAAUUUGCACAGCAACGUGGAAAAGAAUGCAACAGAUCCACAGCUAAGUGUAUUAGUUCGUUCCAUUCAUAGAAGUUUCAUGAUCACAUACAGUAUACUAGGGUCCCCCCCCCUUUGUUUUCUUCUAAAGGUGUGCACUUUAUAUUUUAGGCAUACAUAUUUUUUCCCCCAAGUGUGAAUGUGAUAAAGAGGUGUUUGAAAACAUUUAUUAUCAGAGGUGCACUCCUGAGGAUAGGCUGUAUUCCCUUAUUGUGUAUACUUGACUGCAGAAUUAGUUUUGCUGCUAUGUAAUCAAGGCCACAGAGAGGAGACAUGAAAUCCAGGGCAAAACACAGGGUUGCAUCCAACAUGGUGUGAGCAGAGUUGCACUUGUGCAACAGGACUUCCGUUUCCUCUCCUCCUUCAAUGAUUUUGACAGUGGGUUUUUUGGGGGCGGGGCGGGGGUGGAACUGGAGGGGACAGAAUAGGAAGUUCUGUUGCACACAUGGAAGAUAUUGAUGUUAACAGAACUGUAGUGUCCAUUGCAUAGUCUUGGAACUAUACAUAGUGUGCUUAAGCACAUAGAAUAGCAAUAGAAUAAAUGUAUGUGAGAAGAAGAGGCUAUAGAUGUUUGGUGGUCAUCACUUUUUCUAGACCUCCAUUUGUUGUGUUGUUACUGAAAAUCAGGUUGGUUUGUAAUAAGAUUGUGCUUACCCACAACUUGAUAAUGAAUGAGAGGAGCCAAUCUGGAAUGCGUUACCGAGACCUGGGUGGGUGAGCUGGUUGGGGUAGACCUAAACCGCUGUGCUCACCUGUGUGCUUGAUGGAGUAUCAACAUAGGCUGGAGGGCUGGGGCGGGCUUUCUGUGGUCUGUAAAGAUUCCAUUGCCAGGAGACCUCUCCAUUCUCUGAGGGCCUGAAUCUGAUAUCCAGCCCAAGAGGUAGAUUGUGCCCGCUGCUGGUGUACCGUCCAUUCAGUUGCUCAGCAGCCUCCCUGACAGAACAGGUUUCCAGGCAAUCAGUGUAGAGUUUUCGAUAGGGCUUUCUCACAAUCCUGAGCUUUUAAAAAAUUAUUAUUAUUGAAAAGUCAGAUCUCUUCACACAUUGCUCCAUGGUGUCCAUCUGUUGACUAUGUUCCACUGAAUAACUCAGAAGGGAUCACAAUGACUUCUUUGUAUAAAAUGGCUGAACCAAUAUGCUGGGGGUACAGCUUUGUGGGGUCACAGAACAAUUGCCCACUGCACCCUUGUGUGUAAUGUAUGUAAUCAGUGCCGGAUUUAUGUAUAAGCUAAACAAGCUAUAGCUUAGGGCCCCACUCUCUAGGGGGCCCAAAAAAAAUUAAAGGAAAAAACACCUGGAUGUACAUUUCCAAAAUAUAAGAUAAUAACCAAAUAAAGUAACACCUACAUACAGCAGCAGUGUGUUUUGUUGUGUAUGGACCCAUUAGGUCCAUAAAUUACCAUAUAGCAUAUAUUCAAUACAAAAAAAACAGUGACAAUUUGGUGUUGACAAAGGACAGCUGGAUGUAUAAAGGGUCCUAUUACCUUCAGUAGCUUAGGGCCUCAUCAAACCUAAAUCUGGCCCUGUAUGUAAUAGCACCAAAACACCCUCCUUGCUAGGACAUAGUGACUUCUGUUCUUAAUUGGGGAACAAUGCACAGGUCAUUAAUAUGUUACUUCAAAGAACUGAGUGUUCUUGAUCAAAAGAUUCCACAACUUAAGGGAAGUGAAUAAUAUUGACUGCUAGGACAUUCCUAGCUCUUCCUGAUUGCUCUGGGUGCUUCACUCUUUUGACCUCUGAACCAGGAACUUCCCUUAGAACUUUUAGAAAGAGAAACAAUUUUGAAGAUGGAAUAUAUAGAAUUAACCACUAGGGAUGAGGGAGAAACUCAGUUCACUCCACUUUUUAAUGUGAACUACUUUUUAAUGUGAGCUCCCUGAAACUAUAUUUGGACUAAAAUGCAUCUAUACUUCGAAAUCUGCAAUUUUUGAAAUUUUGCAGUGCAAUUCUCAGAGCGAAUAAUUUGUGCAUAAAUGUAUAUGUUAGUGGAAACAACAUACAAAAAAUAUUAGAGGGAAUUGCUUGCAAAAAUACAUAUAUUGAGACAAAUAUGAACUAAAAUGCUGAUGAAUUUUCAAGAGAACAUUUUAUUAUUAUUUUCAUUGCAAACUGAUGUGGAAAUGUGCUGAACUGAAUUUAGUGCUGGAUAAAUGAGACAUCUGAAACUGACAUAUUCAUCCAUCUCUAUUAAUCACACCAUCUAUAUUCCCCUUGGCACUGAAUGGUGUUUUAACUGUACCUCAUUGCUAUGAGGCUAAGCCCUACCAGAGACAGAAACCGGAAACAUAACCUGCAGAGCACUGAGGCAAGCUCAUUCCCUCAUUCCUUGUGGAAUUUGAGGUCACUGGCCCGAAUUUCGCAGGAGUGGGUCAUAGAAAUCCAAAACGUUUGAAAGGUUUUCAUUGAAUGCUGCUUUAAAAUUCAUUCCUCCAUUAUCUCCUGCAGCAGAAAGACCAUGGGAGGAGUGGUUCUGGUUUACAAAGAGUAGAAUUUCACAAGAGUAGAACUUCCAUAUUUGAACGGUUGCAAAUAGCUCAAAAAGGAAAGGGCUAUUGUUUUUAAAAGAACUGUGAAUAAAACUAGUUUUAUUUCCUUAUUUUAAAAAUAAAAUUGAGACUCAACAUUAAGUUGCAAUUGCAGUAUCUCAUGGUAGUUAGAAUUGCAGAAUCAUUAUUUUGUGUGCGUUUCCUCCACUAUUCUGCAACUAGCUACGGUAAUUGCAAUUGCUAAUAUUGUGAUAUAAAUGCCAGCCCCAAGUAACCUCUUUCUAAUAAUGUUUUAUUUAUUUUUCAUUUUAUUGAAUAUUUACUAUCGAAUAUUAGUCAAUAUUCUCAUGAUAUCCUGAGAGAGAGGUAAAAAUGUGUACCUUUGUGACAACAAGCUAAUUUAUUGAUGCAGAAAUUGUACGGCCUAGGGUGGAAAUAAGAAUACAGUUGUGUGCAUCAUGCAUUCAUCAAAACCUUAAUCAUUAUAAUUAAUUUGUUGAAUUUAUACCCCUCCAUUCCACCUAAGGAGACUGGGGCAGCAAACAGAUACACAAUUUAAAAACAAAAACAAAGCAGAACAUUGUAAAACAGUCAAAGCAUUCUAAAAAUAAUUACAAUUUAAAACUUCUAAAAUAUUCUAAAAGCAAUGCAUAGGGAAAAAUACACAUUUUAAUAAUAGUGCAAUGAGAAACUGCUUAAGUACACAUUGCAGAUCAAAAUACUUUUGAGUUAAAAUGUUAGUCAUCCACUGAUAAUUGGGGUUGCAAGGGGCAGUAGUCUUCCGUCACCAGAUGCCUCGGUAAACAGGAAUGUUUUCAAAUCAAAUUCCUCCUGAAUGUUAAUAAUGAUGGAGACAGGCACACCUCACUAGGGAGGGCAUUCCAUAACUGGGGAGCCACCACAGAAAAGGCCCAAUCAUGGGUUUGUGCCACCGGGUGGCCCUGGUGGCCUCAAUGGAUGCUUUUAGGGUCCAAGGGCAAGGAGGUGCUGUAACUCAGGGCUGGGGGCAUUUUUAAAGGCUAAGGGCCACAUUUCACAUGGACAAUUUUAUGGGGGCCGCAUUCCAGUGGUGGGAGGAGUCAGGAGCAAAAGUGGGAGGGGGGAUAUGGAUCUUACCUUUGUACAGUAGGUUACAUUUCAGCCACACAAAAGUGAGAGAUUCCAUGCAGACCCUCCUCUCCAUCCUCAAAACUUUCCAUUCAGGUAAGCAAGAAGAUUUAUCACAGUUCAAGGACACAUUCAAGCCAGGUAAAAUCAUACAAGGGUGCAGAGGAGGGGCCCAGUAAGAGGUGUGGCCAGGACAGAGUCGCAAGGGCCAAACAGAGGCAUGUAGGGCUGCAUUUGCCCCUCUGGACCUGUGGUUCUUUACCCCUCCUGUAACUAAAUCUAGGUUCGGAGUUGUACUGUACUAGCGAAUAGUAGUGAGAUUUAGACGCUUGAGGCCCACAGAUGGGUCUUCAAGGCACAUCCAUAGUCUUCCUGCCUAAAGGUGGGUUUUGUGAUGAUCAAAAGCUUGUUACUCUUAUCAGCAAAAGCGUGAUAAGCAUGCAGUCAAAGGCCACUCUCAAUCUACUGUGGUUUGUUUGAUUUUCUGGGACUAGCACAGCCGGGCCAUUGGGGAAAAAUAGAUUUAGUGAUCAAGUUCAUUUUAUUGGGUGAGAAAAUUGUCCAGCUUCCUAAAUCAACACAAAUCUCGCCAGCGUUAGGCUUUCCUCCCAUGACAAAAACCUUAGUGGCUUAAAUGUUUGCUUCAGGAAGCCAUAUGACACAGGAUGGGUGAAACUGUUUUUUUGGCAUUGUGGGUGCUGAAAGGAAGCCCAUCCCUGUUGUUCCCCAUUGCUGAUGCUAGUUUUCCAAUGCAAAUAGGAAUGGCUGUUUAAAUACUGUCUCCUAUGAACAGUGGGGUUAUGAAAAAAAAUCUAAUGAUUUUUUUGUACAUGAAGGAAGAAGUCAAGUGUUGUUUGGGGGUAGUAUGAGCUCCCUUUGGGACAGCUUUCUGAGGUGUUUUUUGCUGUUACUGCUAUGAAUUGCCAAUGCUUAAAAUAGAGCUUUCCUACUUCUUUUUUUGAAACUGAUUACAGGAUGUCUGGCAGGCCCUGGUUUUUCUGUUCAUGAGCUGACAGUGUUUAACACGAGUCCACAUUUAAAAUUGCCUUGUGGGGUCAGACCCGGUUCCCUCUUGUCCUGCUUUCUGUUCUGAGUUCCAACCUGAUGCCUUUAGGCAAAAACUCAUUUUGAUAACCAUUUUUAAAAGGGCUCUAGCUUACAAAGGCAUUGCCAUGUUGUGGCAGGGAAUUCCAGAAGGUAGCUUUCCCAUUUUUGUCAAAGAGUACUUCUGUCCGUCCUGAACUUGGUACAAACACCCUUUUUGUGGCACUUAACAUCACAAGAAAGAGAUUCCCCUUUCUUUUUGUGGGUCUUUCUCUUUCUGUAUGGGUAUUAUUUAGGAAAAUGCAGGAACAAAAGCAGACAGCUUGAUUCUUAAUGCCUGAAGAUUUUUGGGUUGCAGCAUAAAUGAAACUAGCAUGGUAAAAUGUUGUUUGGCCCUGCUAAAAAGAUACAACUGAGGUCAGGUCUGCCACUAUAAUUGACACAAAUUGUGUCUAACUAGCUCCAGGGCUAGUGUUACAGAAAGGACACUUGUUUGCACAAAACUGUUCCACACUUUCUAGUGCAAUUACAGUAUCCCAAUUCUUUUUUUAAACUGCAGAAAGUCCACUAGGAAAAGUGAUGGAAAAUUGCACUGGAAAGGGCUGGGUAACAACUACUAGCCACAAGAAGAGGGCAUCAGGGCAAAGUAAAGCCUUAAAUGACUUCUGAUGUACCCAAUACCUGAAAGGCUUCUUUCUUCCCUACAGACCUUCUUGGGUGCUAGGAAUAGCAAAGGGUAAUUCUUCUGCCUUAAAGGUGGUUGCCCAGAACAGGGCAUUUGCUGUGGCAGCCCCUAAGUUGUGGGACUCCCUGCCCAUAGAAGUACGCCUGGUAGCUUCAUCAUAUAGCUUCUGGUGAAUGCUAAAGACAUACCUCUUUAUCCUGGAUUUUCACACGAGCUGUAUAUUUUUAGGACCAACCUUAUUUUUGUGAUUGUAAGUUGUUUGAAACUGUUUUUAACAUGGUGUUUUAAUGUUGUAACCUGCCAUGAGACUUUAGGGUGAAGGGUGUGUAAUUAAUGCUAAUACAGUGGUGCCUCGCAAGACGAAAUUAAUCCGUUCCGCGAGUGUCUUCGUCUAGCGGUUUUUUCGUCUUGCGAAGCAACCCUAUUAGCGGCUUAACGGAUUAGCGCUAUUAGCGGUUUAGCGGCUAUUAAAGGCUUAAAGGCUUAGCGGAUUAGCUGCUAAAAGGCUAUUAAAGGCUUAGCGGCUUAGAUAAAGGGGGCGGAAAGCGAAAAAAAAUCUCAAGACUCGCAAGACAUUUUCGUCUUGCGAAGCAAGCCCAUAGGGAAAUUCGUCCUGCGAAGCAACUCAAAAAUGGAAAACCCUUUCGUCUAGCGGGUUUUCCGUCUUGCGAGGCAUUCGUCUUGCGGGGCACCACUGUACUAAUGAUCACUGCUUUUUUCUGGGGGUACGCAUACCCCUAAACAUUUUGUGAAUCUUAAGUUUGACCUUAUUGAGGGGCAGUAUUUCAAUAUGAGUAGGAUAAUGAGAGUACCCCUAAACAUUUUUUUUAGAAAAAAGCACUGCUAAUAAUACUAAUAAUAAUAGCAGGCGAUGUCAUGCAACCUUCAUGCAAACAUGUUGGGACGAAUGCUCAAUUAGCAGGUGAUGUCAUAUAACCUCUGUGAGAGUUUUGUGUAAACAUAUCCAUCUGAAUGAUCAACAAACAUCCUGUCUGGAAGCUCCCUGUGUCUUUCACCCAAACUGCUAUGUGAAGUAAUGGGGUUAUUGACCUGAAUUGAUUUGGCAAGAUGAACAAGCCCCUAUCGCAAUGUUUGACCCACUUCCUGUCCCUGUUCCCUAACAAGAAUUUGGGUGUAAAUAUAUCUGAAAUGAAAUCUGAGAAGGAGGCGGUGGUGGGGGAACUUUGGAUGCUGUCCGGCAUGAUGGUGAGGUAUUCCUAAAAUGUAAAAGGUUGUCCCAGAAGAGCUAACGGUACCAAAACAUUCUACAGAGUUCUUGUUACCUUGUUUUUCGGCAACCCGUGCCUAACUGACAUUUGUUAAUGUAUAGCCGUGAGAAGUGGGCGUCAGGCGUAAGGUGAGUUUGAUUAGAACAUGGGUAGGCAAACAAGGGACCCAAUUGCCUUCUAAAUCCGGCCCAUGGAUGGUCUGGGAAUCAGCGUGUUUUUACAUGAGUAGAAUGUGUCCUUUUAUUUAAAAUGCAUCUCUGGGUUAUUUGUGGGGCCUGCCUGGUGUUUUUACAUGAGUAGAAUGUGUGCUUUUAUUUAAAAUGCAUCUCUGGGUUAUUUGUGGGGCAUAGGAAUUGUUCAUUCCCCCCCCCAAAAAAAUCUAGUCCGGCCCCCCACAAGGUCUGAGGGACAGUGGACCGGCCCCUGCUGAAAAAGUUUGCUGACCCCUGGAUUAGAGCAACAGUUGAGGUCUUUCGAGAAGUCACAGUCUGUCCUUUUCACUUGUUUAUUAUUGGGAAUGAAGGACAGCUGCAGCCCCUGUACACAAGAGAGGGUAAUACAGCCAUUAUAUAAUUAUAUGUUGGUAGCCCUCCCAGCUGGGAACUGCGCAUUUAUAAAUAUUCUGCUGCCUAAGACUGUGGUUUGCUUUCUAAAUAACCAAGAGAAAGCAAAGAGGCAGGCUAUAAUUUCAGGAGGACUGGUUUUACCUAAGUGAGGUGUAUACACACACACACACACACACACACACACACAGAGUGUUCAUAUAGCUAACCAUCACAGUUUUGCUCCGGAAGCCACCAUGGAUGUGCUUUGAAGAGGUUGCAUACAUCAGUUUUUUGUCUGCUAAUGAAGGUUAAGCUGCACUUUCAUUUUGCUAUUGUAUUAGCCCAAUUUAAUACAGUGGUACCUCAGGUUACAUACGCUUCAGGUUACAGACUCCGCUAACCCAGAAAUAGUGCUUCAGGUUAAGAACUUUGCUUCAGGAUGAGAACAGAAAUCGGGCUCCGGCGGUGCUUCAGGUUAAGAACAGUUUCAGGUUAAGUACAGACCUCCGGAACGAAUUAAGUGCUUAACCUGAGGUAACACUGUAUAUUGGUUAACCUAGAUUAUUUCAGAAGCUGAUUUCUUUUGUUUGUCUUUCUGGCUUGAGAUGAACUUGAAGUUUGCGGUCCUUAGUCUUAAAUUUCAUGUCCAGUUGGGAUCAUGGCUCCUUAUGUUCUUUGUACAAAAUAGCAUUCACUCUAUCAUAUCAGAUGUGCAUUCACAAGCCUUUCAUGGUAUGCACAUGUGUGAAGAAGCUAUUUUCUGUUGCAGCACCCUAGUGUGUGUACUGUACAUGCAACAAAAUGCACAAGUGUGACUUGUGCAUAUUGUUUCCUUUUACAGAACUGUUUUUAUUAAUAUAGAAUAUUACAGAUACUAUGUACUUCUAUACAAAAUAUCAUAUAGAUGAUAAAGAAUAAAUGUGAAAUUUAAAAUACUAUUGAAAAUAUUUUAUAUAUGAAUAUAUCAUCAUUUGUCCCUCCCUACCUCAUUUCCCUUCUUUCAAUAUAAUUUAUUUUCUUCAUAUCCAGGCAAUCAGCUACUGUAUGUAUCAUAUAUCUCUAAUGAUACAUAUAGAUUGAUCAAGUCUUGCCCUUUAUCAUUCCGAUAAAUAGUGAAACUCAAUUUAUCUGAAACUCUGGUUUUCCUUCAAAUUAUAUAAAAUCCUUCAGCUUUUACAGAAAUGCUCUCUUUGAAGGGAUUGAUUGCAUUUGAAGCAGUCCCAAGAUAGUGCAAAAGGAAAAUGGAGAAGUGCUAAAUCCAGUUCCUCCAAUCUUUCUGACUUUGAAUUGCCUUUGUAUCCUUAUUUAUACUGUCGUCCUGUCAAUUUCAGUGGUGAUAUAAUUCUGAUGAUUAAUUUUAGGAUAGCUGGGAUGAGAAUUCAGUAGUGGGAAGAAAGGAAAUUUUCUUUCGCCUCCCACAGUGAAAAAUAUUGUUACAUGCCAACCCAAUUUCAGAGUGGUGAGAAUAUCCAGGGGUUCCACACAUUUACCCAGAUUCUGUUUCCUUGGAAUGAAGGUCAGUGGAGACAGUGAUGUCUCUAUGAUAUACGGUUUUAUUUACACAUAUAUGCAACCUGAGCAUAAGAUGGAGGGCCUCACACAGCAUUAACACUCCAACAGUAUCUGUUUUUUCCAGUGGCCAUCAAGGUCAAGGAAGCCAAGAUCGGGGAUGGGAUAAAAUCAACAAGUUUCCCGCUCCACUACAUGCUGCAACCUUCACCAGUGCCUGAUAAUGAUCUACUUUGAAGCCUGGUUGAUCAUUUAACUUUCUGCCCUGAGUUUAUCCCCGCUCUUCCUUCCAAAAGCUGAUUGGGUUUUGAUAUCUGGGCUCAGGGAAAGGCCCAGUGUUCUAAUUUCUUGGAAACUUGGUGGUCUGUAGUUGCAAGUAGAGAAAUUUGAUUCAGUUCACAUUUAAAGGCAAAUCUAUCUAAGUUGAGUUUUCCAAAACAAUACAUGAAUUGAAACACAACGCUCCUGCAAAAUUUGCACUUCUCUGAAUUUGGAAAUUCUGUUCCCCAGUCAAAUAAUGUAUAACAACAACAGGGGCAACAACAACAACAACAACAUUUUAAUUUAUUUAUACCUCGCGCAUCUGGCUGGGUUGUCCCAGCCACUCUGGGCAGCUUCCAACACAAAAACAUAAUAAAACAUGAAACAUUAAUAGUAACAAUCUGAUCCAAUAUUAAAGUCACAAUAACUUAUAUCAAAUAUAUACAUAUAUCAAAAAGCAUAUACAAGGGUUACGUGUGCUUAAAAUGCACACGUUAGUGAAAAUAACAUGCAAAAAUAUGUUAUAUUAGGAAAAAAUUCUUUGCAAAAAGGUGUAUAUUAGGGGAAAUUGUCUACACUAAAAUUCUGGUGCAUCUUUUGAAGACUUUUAAAAAUAAUCGUUGGAAACUGACCUGGAAAUGUGGAGAGCCAAAGUUAAGAAAAAUGAGAAAAUCAGAGAAUUUGAAAAUGAUGGCUUCUACCAUCCCUAGCUGCAAGACAAAAAUCCAGCAGCCACUUGAGAAUCUGGACCAGAGGGGAGAGCAUGCUAAGGCUGAAUAACCACCUAAAUGGAGGCUAUGAUCAGGCAUAGCAAUUAGCAACUAGGCAAUUAGAACUGCCAUACACCAUAAGCUUUUUUUGAAGUGGCUGUCCUGCGGUUAGCAAUCAUGAAAGCAGAACAGAUCCUGACAUCUGCAAAAAUAUUUUGGAAGCCCAAAAUGUACUGGUACAAUACGUGUAUUGGCAAACUAGCAUAUGUUAAAUGGCACAUGCUGCUGGUGCAAACACUAUGGUGUAGUUAGCAGCCACAUGGGUGGUUGCUGUUAAAACCAGAAACCAAACUGAGACUGGCUUGGGUUUUUUGUUAGCCUACUGCAUCUACAUAUAGAAAGUCUUUAGUUCUUGGUGUUCCACAAAGACAGAAAGGGCAUUGUGGCACUGUUAUAGGAGGCAGGGCUUGGAGUAUGUGUCCAUCUUGUGCGAUUCAAUGGAACUUCCAAGUAAAGAAAAGAGGAGAGUAUUGCAGCACCUUAAAGACAACAAAUUUGUGAUGACAUAAGCUUUUGUGGCCUGCAAGUUGCUUCAGCAGAUAAAUGAAGAUAAAUAACUGUGCCUAGAGCUCAUUUCACAUCUUCAGUUUAUUUAUCUGGCUGCAAUGGUGUGAAUGGGAGGCUUUUUGCCACCUAUGCCCAUCUCUCUGCCAGAGAGGAACUUCGUAAUACAGUUUUCACGAUUGUGUGCUUUGUUCGGUACCAGAUAAGCAUUUGCUGAGGAUGCUGUUGAACAAUUUGCUGAGGCGGCUGUUAACAUAGAUACUUCUGCACCCAAAGUUCUAUAGGGUGUGUUAAUUUGUACAAAUAGGAUAAUUAAAUUCAUUUGCUCCUAUCUCUAGAAAGAUGGUUAACAAUUUCCAAAGUACCACUCUGUUGUGCGUUGCCCACCUGCCAUGGCUGUUGUUUGAAUCAGAACCGCCUGAAUUAGAGUUUGUGCUGGUAUGCCACAGUACCCUAGAUGUUUGAUAGUUCUAGCAGUAUUUUCAACUGUUUAUAGUGCAAACCAAAGGGAUGUUAGGCCUUCCAACAGCAUUUGCAUGGUAGUUUGAAAAACUGAUGUUUGACUUUGCUCAGACAGUGAUUUCUUAAAAAAAUUGAGUUGUCCGAUUAUUUCUGUCAUUGACAAAAGACUCUUUAAUCCAGGAGAAGCUUCUGUCAGCAGAAAGGCGUGUGUGAGGUAAUUUUUCACUGAUGCCCUUGCUGCCAUCUGCUCCAGACUAUCUGUGGAGGGAACACCUAGAAACAGUGUGGAAGGUGGUAUGAGACACUAUAGGAGAAUUCAUAAACAUCUCCCCAACCUAGCUUCAGGCAACAGAAGUCUCUGCUGGGUCAAAGAGCCUUCUGUCAUGGAGGCAUACAACUGGAUCUGUACAUGCUGCCAUGAUGAACAGGAAGCCAUGAAAGAGUCAGAAGCUGCAAAGAGGAAGCUACUACUUAAAGGCACAAUAACCCUGAAAGCCCUGUAUAGUGUUUUGCCUGCUCAUACUGAAAAGGCUUGCACUACAAUUGUGUUGUGAAUAAUAGGGGGGAAAUCACCAGGGGGACAGGACAACAAUACCACAGAAAACAAUGGAAUCCCACUGCUCGAUAAUUAUGCAGUUUGUGUUUUUGUUGUUGCUUAUAAACAGUGAGUGUGCAAGGAAUGGCAAUUUCAGAUGAAACUGCUAAUGCAGAAGGCAAGCAGCCAACCACAUCCUUGUAUUCCAAUAGCCGGCAUCUCCCAAUCUAAGGGAAUGGGAUACAGAUACAGGAUAGAAUUUACUGAGUUUGCUUUGUCUCAAGAGGACAUAGAUUUGCACAGAAUUUACAUAUGCUAAUUUUAGACGAAUAGAUGCAAAUUUAGAAAUAAUUGGUAUAAUUUAAGUAGAAAUACUGUGAAUCUCAUCAUAGUGUGCCUGCUCAGUCUUCUGUCCAGGUACUAACUGUUGAUGGCCCCUGAACUUUCUUCUCAUGGUUCUUUAUCUUGAAACUAGGCUUGGACAGCCUUUUGCCUCUGUAAAGCAGGACAUAUCCAACUAACUUGUUCCAUCAGCAUAAGGAUUUCUGCAUGUGCAAUGGAACUUCUUUUUACCCUCUCUUUUUACUCUCUGUCCUCCCUAAAUCUGCUCUGGAGGGUUGGGAAUAACCCCAAAUUUAGUGGGGCAGGUGGGUGGAGUGGGGAAUUCCACCGUACAAGCAGAAAUCCUUGUGCUGACUGAAAUAAUUACUUGGAGACUGCCUAUGGGCAUCCUAUACCAAACGGAACUAGAAGCAGCUACCUUGUCCAGCGGUGAACCUUGGGGUCUCAAACUCUCACCUCUCGCCUUCCAUUCUACAUCAUUGUUGUGGCUUUUCCUGCAGUGCCCUCAAGGCUCUGCACCCAGUGCAACCAAACCGGUUAUGAUUACCCAAAUCCACCUCUGCCUUGUCACUCACUCAUGCUGUGUUACCUCCAUUCAGGGGCUUUCAGCCUCAGUCUGCGUUUCUUGGCUUUCGUUUUCCGGCAGUCAACACCCUCUUCCUGCAGAGAGAAGGAGGCAUGGCUGCAGGAAAAACAGGGAAAGAUGUUUAGCUGAGAUGUUAAGCUGAGCCAUGCUCAUCUGCUUGCAGCAAAAAAUAAAAUGAAAACCACUUGCUCUCAGACGACUGCUCCAAUUCUCCCUGGCUGGUGGCAGCACUGAGCAACUCCCCCUUCUUGGGUUAUAAGUGAUGCAUCCCUUCACGUGUGCAUCCUUGUGUCACAGGGAUUUUAUUGUAGCAGGAGGGCAGAGGAGAAAUAGUUUGUUUACUUAGAUUUUGGCUUGGCAGUGCAUUCAUAUAGUUGUUGUUGGUUUUUAAGCAUGAUCAAAAAUUUGGGCUUUCGGGGGAGGGGACAGUGAGUGAUUAAUAUGUGACAGGACUUGGGCAAUCUUGGAUGCCCUGGGCAAAUUGGGGACAGUGGAACAGAUGUUAAUGUGCAUUAGUUUUUAGCAUGACUGCUAAGUGGAAACAGGGCUGACUUUUUUUGCACAUAAGUCUGGCAAGUGGCUCAGCUGGACCAGGUAGGCAAUCCUGUCUGUCGGCAAUCCUCAGCCAAAAAUAGGCACUAGAAUUCUCUAUAAUGUGCCAAGGUUCUUCAGUGCACAAGGCGAUGUGGAACGGAUUCCAUAAAGAACUGAAACCCCCUGGCUUAGAUGGUACCUGCACAGCAGUAUUCUAGACAAAAGCCAUGCUCAAUGUACUUGGUGUACUUUUAUUUUUUACCAUUUAUUCUCCUGAAACAUCACAGGUUUGUGUGUGGAAGGGGUGAAGAAGCUUCAAGGAGUCUGUGUCUCAGGUAGCCAGGGAUUUUAUUGACUUCAUAGCAUUAGGAGAUGCAACGGUGGAAAAUGAGGUCUGCUGCUCAUAUAGGUCUUCCUACUUCAUUUUGGGGGCUUUAUCUUUCAGGAUCUGCCGCCCACCCAGAGCGGUAAUGUUUUCACUGUACUGAAUAUCUGAGCUGCUUCUGACUAUGGUAUUUCAAGCAUGGAAAGGAAAACAUUUGGCCUCUGACCCAACUGCUUGUUAACAACACAGCAGCCUACGUUGCUGAAAUGCCGCAGCUAAAACAGUCCUGGUGAUUCAGUUGCUCAUUGGCCUUACCAUUCAAACUCCUGCCCUUAUUUGCAACGCUUCUCCAAUCUGCAGAGGCUGUGGAGCUGCUGCAGUGCCUAUUAAUGGGCCGCUUCUCCUUUUUGAGCCUGUGUGUCCUUGUCACAGAGACUAAGGGCCUCGAUGUCGCCUCUGUCUUCUCUCCAUUAGCUUGAUCAAAACAGAAAGGGCAGAACUUCACAGCUUGCUGUCACAAAUGUUUAAAAAUUAGAAGCUACCUGACUCUGUUGCACUGGGAGGAAACUUCAAUGAGAAGAUCAGCAGCAUCAGACAAAUGUCCGUGAUAGAAAGUUUGCCUGUUACUGCCAAUCUUCUUGUGCAAUGUGUAGUCACAAGAGAACACUGAGUGUGGUCUAGGGCACACUUUCACACAGAUCACAGUUCAUGUGAUACAACUAUGAGACUCAACAGGCCUAGCCAGUGUCUUACAUGAAUUUAACACUCUCCCUUAUCCUCAGCAGGCAAGUAAAUGUGGAGAAGAGUUUCUGAAGUUGCAUAAAGGUGGUUUUUGUUUCGUAUUUUAAACUACAUUAGUCAGACCUAAAGCAGUAUAGGCUCCUCGUUUUCGGCAAGAUGCUUUCAGUGAACUUACCCUCCUCAGUGCUGUUGCUGCUAUCUGUCUGCAUGCUGUCUUCCUUUGAGUCCAAUCAGCUAGUCAUGGAAAGCUGGGAGGAUGCUCCACCAGAAAGCUAGACAAGAACUUUAUUCUCUCUCUUAAAUGAUGCAAAACAGGGGGAAAAACAACCACCCAAAAGUCCUGACUUUGUCCAGAUGCAACUAAGUUCAGUGCUACCUAGUGAUAUAACUAUGUAACAAUGCUGAUUUUUGUUUAAAGAAACAAUUAAAAAGCCACAGGUGAAACUUCGGUUAGUUGAAAUAUUCAGCCGCUCAUUUCUAAAUCUUGAGAAGCAUUCUGAAUGACACAAGUAGAGCGAGUGAUGAUCCGAGACACAAUAUUGCUGUCUGUUGUACAAGGUGGUUGAUGGAGAAUCUCAGGAGGUGAACUUGGGUUUUGAGGUGCUGCUUGUGGCAUUUGGUCAGCACUUGCCCACACAGGAGGCAGUCUGAAGCAGCUGCUGGGGUUGUGUAGCAAUGGCAGUGGCAGCAGUUUCUUCUCUUGAGUUCUGGCAACAUCUUGCUGGAAGCCACUGCCGCAUGAACCCAGGAAGUGAGGCUUCAGCGGGGGGGGGGGGGGCGUCACCUUUGGCUGGGGUCCAUCAACUUCCCAUUUCACCUCAGGUGGCGAAAUGGGACACACUACCCUUGCAUUUGGUGACUGUACUUCUCAGAGUUAGGAAGAAGGUGUUUGUUUCCAUGAAGUAAUUCAUGCUCAGUCUCAGGAGAAUAUAAUUUGGGUGUUUCAUCCCACCUCCCUUGUAUAGGAGCUGGUCUCUUCUUCAUCAGUUUGUAUAUAAGCUUUCUCUCCAGGCUCCAAAUGAAGUAGCUCUCAUAAUGAGUUGCUCUGGUUAUAUAAAGGCUCGUAACCUCUCAUAGCUUUGUAAUAUGAAGAAGCAACUUUUUCCAGGUCAGGUCACUUGGGAAUAAGAUUCUUAUCUAGGGUUCGAAUGAGUGUCCUGCUUUCCUAUUAGCAGCUCUGCUGGGCUACAUCCAGAAGCUGUUGGUGGUGGUGUUGACCUGCAGCUUAAAAGAGCAACAUGUAGGUCAUUCUGUCUCAACAUUUUCUUUGCCAUCUGUACUGCUGUCUCUGCUCACUGUUUCCUUGAGGAUAGUGAUGGCUAGUGGCAAUGCUGCAAAAGCUGUAAGGUGUCCGGAAUGACUGGAAUUCUGUUACUACAAACUGGAGUUUCAAAUGCAAGUUCAUCUGGAAUGCCAAAAUGAACAAAAGUCUUUCUUCCGUUGUGCACUAAUGCUGUGGCAGUUACUGCAAGGCAAAGAGCGUACCUCAAUGCACCUUGAAUAGUAGUCUACAACAACCAAAUACAGUGGUACCUCAGGUUACAUAUGCUUCAGGUUACAUACGCUUCAGGUUACAGACUCUGCUAACCCAGAAAUAGUACUUAGGGUUAAGAACUUUGCUUCAGGAUGAGAACAGAAAUUGUGCUCCGGUGGUAGCAGGAGGCCCCAUUAGCUAAAGUGGUGCUUCAGGUUAAGAACAGUUUCAGGUUAAGAACAGACCUCUGGAAUGAAUUAAGUACUUAGCCCGAGGUACCACUGUAGUGUCAACCUUCCCGUUCACACAGGUUGACUGCUAGCUUUCCAAGGCCUUUUGGAUAAGGGUGUGAUAAAAGUUCCUCCCAUUGUUUUGAUUUAUUUCUUCUGGAGUACUAACAGGAUAAGGUUUUGUUUUUUCUAUCAUUUCCAAUACCAGCCACAAUACUGUGUGCUUGAUUUGCUUGUCGCAUUUGGUUAGAUAUUGAUUUCCCGGGUGAUAAAGAAGAUUUAUUUCCUCCUAGAUUGCGGUUCAGUGUUACAGUUCUGUUUUGUUAUGAGGCCUUCCAAUUCACUCAGUUGUGCACAGGCAGCAAAGUACUUUCUAGUUGACUUAGAAGCAUUGCUGAGAUGCUUAGGCCAUCCUGAUCUGAUUUAAUUUAAGACUUUUUGAUGUUCUGGAUUUCCAUGAGCAGCUGCAUUUGAAGAAGUCUCUUCAGAUCCUGGUAGAGAAGUGUGCAAAGCAUUAAUGUAAGCUUUAACUUCCUCCAUGUGGUGCUUUGUGUUUAGGCGAAAGCAAGCAGAUCUUUCUUUCCCUUCAGGAUUAUUAAGCUGAAGUUCACACUGGUGCAGGGAACUGUGCCAUUUUCUUUGUGUUGUUAGAAGUUUGUGAGUUUAAAAGUUGACUUCUGACACCAUAUCAAUGAAAGCUUAAGAAGACACCCCAGCCAGGAACUGAGACAAUAAUUUAAUUGUCUCUCUUUCAGCUCCAAGGCAGAAGAGCAACAGAAGGUGCCUAACUAAACCCAGAUAUAACUAAGUCCAGUGCCACCUGGUGACAGAACUACAUCAUUACACUAUCCAUUCACUGUCCAGCCACCCAGAGGGACGGGGUUAAGCAAGCAGGGGAUGUUUCUCCUCCUCCUUGCUUCUGACACUGAUUGUUCACUUAGAGGGGGAAAUUGAACAGGCAACAACAACGAGGACGGUGGGUGGCAACAAGUUCCUUGUUCAGGUGUGGGCUUCAACAGGUACCCAGUGGUACCAAACUCUAGACCUGAUAAGUGGUGCUGGGGGGAGGGAGCAGUGCCCUUGCUGACAAGUAGUCCUGCAUAUCUGGACCCCUAUAGGAAAUUUUAGCAGAGCCACAUACAUUUAUAAAUUAACAUAAGGCUGAAGUCUUAAGUAUGCUUACUUGAAAGUUAACUUUGUCACACAAUACAGUGGUACCUCGGGUUACAUACGCUUCGGCUUACAUGUGCUUCAGGUUACAGACUCCACUAACCCAUAAAUAGUAUCUUGGGUUAAGAACUUUGCUCCAGGAUGAGAACAGAGAUCGUGCUCCGGCGGCGCGUCAGCAGCAGGAGGCCCCAUUAGCUAAAGUGGUGCGUCAAGUUAAGAACAGUUUCAGGUUAAGAACGGACUUCCGGAACGAAUUAAGUACUUAACCCGAGGUACCACUGUAUAUAGGACUUGCUCCAUAGAAUUAUGUUUAAGAUGGGAUAAUUAAAGUGUAUGUUCCAUUAUUUCUAUUUUAGAAAUGUAAUGUGGGGCAAAGGCCCCCAUCCCCACGGAUGCCCUUUGCCCUUUCCUAGGUCGUCUCAAUCUUUUUUUUGCCCCCUCCCCAGCACCACCACUGUUCUGAAUGCUGAUGAAUGUCAGGCCACAGCUGAAUACUCAUCAGCCCUAGGUAAUGAACUUUCUGCUUAGGGGAUGCUAGCGCAUUGGGGAAGGGCCGUAGCCUAGAAUAGACUAGUCUCCUUCCUGAUGUGCUAGCUUUUCACAGGCAGGGUAUUUUUAACGUGGGAUGAGUAUUCAGGCAUGCAGUUCCCUCUCCACCCGCCCACCUGCCGCCUUAAGUGGUAAAGUAGUGUGAAGACAAUAAAGCAUUUCACCACAACCACCCCUUGGAGUGUGAAUUUCCCCUAAUUAUCCCCUUUUUGUUUGUGCAGGACUACCACAGGCCAUUUUUCAGCAUACACUUAGACAUGCUUACUCAAGAAUAAGACUUGCCAUUUUCCAAUGGGACUUACUCCCUAGUAAACAUGUUUUAGGAUUAUAGCUUUAGUGCUUGCACGUUACAUGGAACAUGGAGGUGUGUAGGGUGAGGACUGUGGCUCCAGCAAGGACAGUUCCUGCAUCUUUUCCAUUUGCAAGAGUUGAUUCACAAGUUCCUUUUUAUAUACUAAAAAAUAUGUGUGUACACACUUGCACAUAGUGAUCAGGGGAUUUAGAGCCAUUGAUCCAUGUUAUCCAAGCUGAGCGAGCUGUGCAGGUUCUGGACCAGUGCCUGGAUGCAAUGGUGGGAUGGAUGAGGGCCAACUAGCUGAGGCUGAAUCCCGAUUGAGGUCCUUUAGGUAGGUGAUUAUUGUGCUCAGGAAUUAGAUGUGUUCCAGUUGAGGUUGCAUAGUGUGGGGUGCUUCUAGGUCCAAUUAAAGCCACAAUAUGAAAUCAUGAAACAAGGGCAGAUAAAACAAUAUAAAUAUGGAAAAAGAAACAAGCCAGUACAGCAACAAAUGAAAACAAGCGCUGAAAAGCUACACACACCCAAGCAGGUCUUUAGCAGUCAAUAGAAACACAAAAGAGUCAGCACAAGCUGCGUCUCUGAAGGGAGAGCAUUCUAUAGUUGGACACUCCAUAGGCAGACUUGGGAGUAUUUCUUCCAUAGAUAACUUAACUGAGACCUGAUUUUUCCCCAGGUGCAUCUUUCACAGAGCACAUUAUUUUUUGAGGUGAUAAUGGACUGUCAGUGGAGUGGGUGACUUCUGCUGUGCAAUGUGACUUUCCCUCUUCUCUCCCCCUCUGUGCACCCUAAAUCUGUUCUGGAGUCCCGCCCCCCUGGAUUUGGGGGUGGUGCGGAGUGUGGAGGGGUGAGGAGAGCGGGGACAAGUCCCACCAUCCAAGCAAAAGACAUUGCGCUCACACACGCAUAUAUUUUUAGAUGAACAAAGCCAAAUAUAUAUGCACCAUUUUAUAUGCAACUUGCCCUGGGACUUAAUGGUGAAUGGUGGGCAGGUAAGAAAUACUGUAAUAAGUAAAUAAAUAAUAUUUCUUAUGAAAGUGAUCCUGCUUGGUGAGAGCUGACAUUUACCAUGUCAGGUAGCAUAGUGUUGUGGUAAGUACCAUUUGUUCGUGGGGUGUUUGUGUGCCCUGACAGAGCAAUUUUAAAAAUGAAAUUAAUGGGGUUUCAUGGUGACCUUACUUUUGACAGUUCCUUGGUAACGAGUCUGUGGGCGUACAACGUCUCACACUUGUGCUGUACAAUUUGCACAGUUUUUCUUCCCGAUGUUCUCUGCAAGAGCUUUCCUGGCCUCAUAGAGUCCUUACCUAAUAUAGCUCUUUGCAUAAGUGUGCACCUGUCACAGCCAUAGAUUGGAACGGAGGGAAUAGGCUGCUCAGAGCUGGUCCCCACCUCUUUCCUUGCCCUGCCUAUUUAGUCUGGCUAAGCACGUAGGAGCGCACCAGCCUGCUGUGACUAAAUCCUAAAUGGAGGGAUUCCUUUCUUGUGAUGAAGUUUUCAGCAAGUCCUGUCAAGGGCUGGGAAAAGCCUGAGUGUCACUAGCAAUCCACUUGGUGCUUUGCCUUUCAGCAAGGGCUCGGGGGGGGGGCGGUAUUGUUUUGUGUUUGUUUCCUUAGGGACCACCAUGCAAAAAUUGGGUGUUCCAGGCCUUUGGGUCAUAGCCAUACUUGAGAAUGGAAAGAGAGUGCUUGCCUGGCCUUUCAUUAGAGUUAGUACAGUAUUAGCCUGAGGACUUCUCACUACUUGGAUGCAUUAGGGUCAAAGCAGGUUGAAGAAAUGCCAGCACCCUGACCACAGGCUGGCAGAUCCUGGAGGAUCUUGCAGAACUUGAUUGAGCAGAUUAUAUGCAAAGCCACGGCUCUCUGUAUAGGUGUGGCUUGGUAGAUUCAUAGCCAGUAUCCCUUGCGCUUUCAACAUAAAAAACCCUUUCUUUAAAAUAAGCAGGUACAUAAUUGGCUGUGCAAGAUACCUAUGGUCUGUCUGGCACUGGUAAAAACCAAUGGGAGCUGUGGCCUACUCCAGUCUGUUCAAAUUCAGUGGUUUCAGGGAAGCCUCCUUGCAUAGAACUGUGUUCUGUGUUUAGUAACUGAAGCCUUCUAUGUUUUUCAUGGUUAUUUAAAGCCUCUGAUAAGUGAGGAGCUAAAGAUAGGCUCCUCAGCUGGCCCUAGGAACAUGUCACAGUGGGAGGCCUGCCUUGGGGGUUCUCUCUGAAUCCCAAACACAAAGAGGAAGAUGUGGCUCAUAGCUUACAAGAGAGGGAGUGUGCUGAGUUUCUCCCUGGCAUUGGAAGCCAGCUGGGCAAGCCAUCUCACACAAGAGCCUUAUCUUCUUGCAGCAGGGCUUCCUAGAAUUUCUGGUUGUGAGCAUGAAGGCUCCUGGCACUUAUAAGCUGCUAGUGCCAGGAGCCCCCUGUCUCUUGCCUCCCCAGAAUGUCGCCUCCCUCCCACACCAUGCCGGAAUGUGAGACUUCUGGGUAUAAGUGAGUCAGUAUGUUUAUGAGCACUGUAGCAGACAGUGGUGAUUUUGCAAAUGUGAGUGUCUGGGGCAAUAUUUGCCUCAAAACCAUUAGGAGCCCAACUAGCAGUAAAAUAUUGUUAUAGAACUUGUGGGGGGAAUCCCCCUAAAUACUAAAAUUAAUAAAUGCUAGGAUUUGGGGUUAUUUGUGAUAUGAAGGGAGAAUGUAAGAUGCAAAUGAAUUCCUGGGUAGCCAAACUAGGGCCUUUAAGAGAGCCAUUGUGAGUCCUGAACAAGACAAUGGCACUUCUAGCCCCAGGUGUGACUAGAGACUGGAGAUUUGGAAGGUUGCCAGGGUAACUGCUUUGGGGGAGGAGGGCAAGGGGCUUCUGGGAAGAAGAAAGGGGGAGAAAGAAGGAACUGCCUGCAGUGCUUUGGGCCAUGCUGUAAGAUCUGGACCCCCUCCAUGCAGACUGAAGGUGUAAUUAUGUGAAUAAACCCAUAUUUUUUAAAGCUUGACAGUCUCCGCUAUGUCUUCCAUUCUCCAAAGGGACAUAGAUCCUGUGUGUGUGGCUGUGGCCCCAUGCACUCCUGCCGCUGCUUAGCAGAGGGAGGGAGGGGCACUGGGCUUUUAUAACAAUAUAUAACAGUGGAAAAUGAAAGAGAAAUUGAGUUUUUUCUGUGUACUGUAUACAUGUUUAGGAUUGUUCUAUUAGUGUUGUUCAUCAGUCAUUAUGAUGGCUCACAAGGAACCCCCCAAAUUCCCUAUUAGGGCAAAAUGUUGCAAAAUAAUGUGACAUUUUGAUUGGCUCCAAAGGAAAGGGGAGCAAAUGUCCACCAGCAAUUGUUAGUAGCUGCCCUAUGUAGUUCAUAGCAUCCCUGAGUUAAAAGGAAUUCAGUUUGUCCUAUAAAUAAGUUUCACUGACAGAUGCCAGUCCAGUUUUCUUUUGAAAACCUUAGAGGAUGAGAAUUCCAUGAAUUUCAAUUGUUUGGAAACAAAAAAAUACUUGUUUGGCAGCCAUUGUGUGUCUGAGAAGCCUGGUUGCUGUUUCUUCAAGGCAAAGUGCAGCAGGCAUGUGUGAUUUGUAGGAAAGAAGCAACAGGCAAGAGAAGGGUGCUUAACCAUUUCCCCCCAGUUGAAGAUUCCACAGCGAGUCUUGCUGCUAUCACAAAGGAAGCGUCUUGGUUUCACUCCAUGCAGGAUUUCUUUUUGUGAUAUUCAUUCAUUCAUUCAUUCAUUCGUUCGUUUGAUGCUUCCUCCCCAAAAAAUGUUUAGGGGUACUCUCAUUUUCCUACUCAUAUUGAAAUACUGCCCCUCAACGAGGCCAAACUUAGAUUCACAAAAUGUUUAGGGGUAUGCGUACCCCUGCCUCCCCCCAGAAAAAAGCACUGCAUUCAUUCAUUCAUUCAUUCAUUCAUAUUAAACUGCUUGUUUCAUUUAUUCUGCACAUGAACUGUGAAAGGGAAACUGCCAGAUUCUGGUUCCUGUGUAUUUUAAGGGGUGACGAUACUCCUAUUUUAAUAAUUUUUGUGCCCACUACUUUGAACUGAUACACAACACGUGCAUCUUGUAGUUUGUCUUAGGACCGCGUGCACAAAAAUAUCCUAUGAAGUAGCCCUCAUUUGUACAAAUGAACUUGGCAGGUACCAAAGACCAGAGGUUCUUUUUAAAAAAAUCCAAGUUCUAUUUCCAUUCCAAUGGAUGUGUUCAUAGAUGGCUGUGCCUUUGCUAUAUGCAGACUCAUUAGGAACUCUGGGAAUCUAGUGCUGUAAUUGCUAACACAGAAAAGUCGGAGUUUCUUGUGUAAGAGGGGGUUAGUUUGAGUGUAGCUGCAUACCUGGCUCAAACCUCUGGAUCUACCAUCUCUGGGGGGGGGGUGUUGUGAGGGGAAAUUUUGACUGAACUAUGAGAAUCUCAGCUUACAUCCUAAAAUGGAAAGUUGUAUGUGUAGUGGUGGAUUUAAAAUGUUAUUUCCAUAUGUAUCCUGACUGUUUCUCAGUCACAGCUGGUUUAUUUUUUGUACUAACAGCUGUCCCUUCACCAAAUGGACCCAGGGCGGGUUACAAAAAAUGCCACAAUUAAAAGAAAUACUGUGUAAAAUAAUAAAAUGAAACCACACAAAAAACAACCAAUAUCAGAAAAAGGAAGCCGCAGCACAAAACAGCAAUGUACAGAAAUGCAGGAGGAAGGAAGACAUCCACUCAGCAAAAGGCCUGGGCAUAAAGAGUGUGACUUGACUAGGGAUGUUGGAGAACUUUGCAAUAAUUUAACUUGUUAGCGGGUGGUGCUGUGGGUUAAACCACAGAGCCUAGGGCUUGCCGAUCAGAAGGUCGGCGCUUCAAAUCCCCGCGAAGGGGUGAGCUCCCGUUGUUCGGUCCCUGCUCCUGCCAACCUAGCAGUUUGAAAGCUCAUCAAGUGCAAGUAGAUAAAUAGGUACCACUCCAGCAGGAAGGUAAAUGGGGUUUCCGUGUGCUACUCUGGUUCGCCAGAAGCGGCUUAGUCAUGCUGGCCACAUGACCCGGAAGCUGAACGCCGGCUCCCUCGGCCAGUAAAGCGAGAUGAGCAAGAUGAGUGCCACAACCCCAGAGUCAUUUGCAACUGGACUUAACUGUCAGGGGUCCUUUACCUUUUUAUGCAAUAAUAGCCAAAGUAAAUUAUUUCCCCCAGGGAAAAGUAAAUAAAGCAAGCUUUGCAAACUCUCUCUCUCUCUCUCUCUCUCUCUCUCUCUCUCUCUCUGUGUGUGUGUGUGUGUGUGGUAUCCUCCAGUUUCUCUGCCAUAAUACAAAAUAUUGGUCAAUUUUUUAAAAAUACUGUUGCUCUCUCUGCAUUUUGCAGAUUACCACAUUUUCUUCUGCAUGUGGCUGUUCACAGCUUUGCAAGUAGGAAGGGAAAGUGAGGGAGAUGAUUGGAUUUGUUGUGGAAUUACAAUGGUUGUUUCUCCAUUGGGGAUGUCUUGCUUAUGAUCUGUGUCAUUCAUACAAAGAUAAUGACUUAAAAUCUUUUGAAAUAAAUAAAUAAAUAAAAAAUUGUCCAGUAGCACCUUAGAGACUAAGAGACUUAGAAACUACUUUGUUCUGGGUAUAAGCUUUUAUGUGCAUGCACACUUCUUCACACUUCUACCUACCUGAAUUUAAAAUCUUUUGUUUUAUUUCCCACCUUAAGUAAAUAAGGUGGCAGGCCUGCCAUCAUGAUAUCCAUUAUGUAAGAGGUGGUCAUGCCUCUAUAACAAUGACAUUAUUUUCACAAAUAAUGAUAUUAACACCUGGACAAAUCAGUGCAAGGUUUGAAGGUAUGGGAGGUGCCUCAGAUCUGGGGCAAAGAAACCAGGCAAUUAGUUUCCGCUGCCCCAGAUGCUUUGAGUGAUUGAAGUGGAACAGGAAAACCUCUUCCUGCUCCUCCUUCUCCUCCUGUUUGCUGGAGCAUCACCCACACAUCUCUGCACUGGCAGCAUUUGGGAGUGAUGGCAAAGUUUUUAAGUUCUUCUACUUAUUCCUGGAGGCAUGUCAAACCCAGCUGAAGUUGUAGGCACAAGUACGGGAAGGAGAAAAUGUGGCUCUUUUCAUUGAGUGCCCCGAGUUGAGACUCUGUGGGAGGUGCAGCGUAGACUUGCUGGCACUGACAGCUCCCAACUCGUGGUGUUUAGCCCCACCAGUGAUGUCUUGGUCACAUUUAAAAGAAUGAGCUAAGCAGCCUUGCAGUUUUGCAACUUCCUCUCCCCACGGCUGCUGAGCACUAAAUUAAAAGCGAGACCCUGAAAAAUGAGGAAAUGCCGGGUGCUGUGUGAGAACUGGAGAGAAAGAGCUUGUUUGGUUACGAGGCGAUGCGGCCGGUCACCUUCUUUCUUUGGGAACUGUGAAAUUCUCUCCUCCUUUCUCUCUUCUUCCUGGCGCACUGAUCACUAAGGUAAAAACUUUUGGGAUUCACAAAUGUGCUGUGCAUCUGCAUUUGGAAUUAGAGAUCAGCUUGGAAGCUUGAUGGUGCAUGAGUUUGUUGUGUGAUGGCUCUCAAGGAGCUCCCAUGAAGUUCUCUUCUUCUUUGCAGGAGAGAUGGGAGUGCGUGUACUGUUUUCUGGACUGUGUGGAAGAUGCUAAAUCUCUUGUUUUUGAAAGUUGAAAAUGAGUGCCAAUAAAAAAUGCCCUAAAUUAGUUUACUCCGAUGUACUCAGGAGAACAGUAGAAUAUGAGAGUUGAGAUCCUGCCACUGUUGAUGUGAGAAAACAAGUCAAUCAAGUGCACUGAUUGCUGCACUUCAGGCAUGCUUGCAAGUACGAUAGGCAUGCCUCACCUAAGCUAUAUUUCAAAUUUUGAGUGUUAAUUUUAAUUCAAUAAAUUCUUAAAUUCAAAUUGCAAGCUUGAGUAGUUUUGUCUGGCUCUUCAAACUGAUCAAAGCAAGCUCUUUGUUUCCACAAACUAUGCCACAUUAGAGUUGUCCAAUGACCUUCUACACAUGAACUGCCCAGUGCUGAAUUCAAAUGCUCUUGAGUGUUUGCGCAAAUAAGAAAAAGAGUACUUCAAACUUGCAACUGUAAGAAGAGCCUUGGAUUGUGAUAGUCAACAGUUGGGAAAGCCAUUGAACUGUAUCCUGGCCAGGCCAGAUGUGAGAGGCACAGACUUGGCUUAUAUGCUAGCUGUGUUUCCCAUGGUGUUUAUAGCUCCAUUUUACCCUGAAGUACUGCUGCUAGAGAAUGGAAUAACCAUUCAUCAAGCAGUAUUGUUGUCACUUAAACUUUAUGCCGUGCACUGUUACAAAGCUUCAGGGUUUAUUUUUACUGUGUCAUAAAAACAAAAAAUAUUAAAAAUCCACUGCUAAAAUACCCUCUCUGCUUACUCCUCUUUGCCAGCUACAUGCCUCAGAAUGACUAAGAACCUGCUGAGCGUAAACUAUUAAACAGAUGUUAAUGGCUGGUGUUAUAAAAGUGAGAGGGAUUGGUCAAAAGACCUUGCCUCACAGUUCUCCCAACUGUAUCAGAGUUUCCCUCACCCUUAACUGUAACCCAUAAAGUCCACAGCAUAUCAAGUAUUAGGGUGUUGUUUGGCAGCCCAACUGAGUUUAGUCAAGGUCACAGUUGAACAUUUGACUGCCCACAGUUUCACAUGUAAAAGAAAAGAGAAGUGUUCCAUUUUUUUAAAAAAAAUAACACCUGCCUCUUUAUACGUGAAAUAUAAACUUUUGUACUGCACAAGUAAUCCUACAACUGAGUGCAUAUACCUCAUUGCCUGGAAGCCAUUAUUGCAAGAAAGUGCAAACUUUCGCAGUAAUAUAUACUUCUGCAUCCCAAGCCACCCUCAGAGGAAGCCCUGAGAGGAAAAAAAGACCAUCCUUUUGCCAAAGGCACUCAUGAACCUAGCUGGCAUGCCUAGUAUUUUUUCACACAAGCCUCUGCCUGGGCAUCCUUCUUGCUUUGGAAAGCUGGAGUAUUUACACUUUUAAAUUGAGUCUGUGCAGCAGGACUGGUGGGGCUUGUGCAGGCUGCCUUUGAAAGUACCACAGCUAGCCUCUCUCUGUGUGUGUUGGUCUUGGCUAAAGUUUGGGAACGCUGCCCUCCAGGAUGCAGUGCUCUCCACUUGCUUCUUAGUGGCACUUAGAAAAGAAAACCCAAGAAGAAAGACUUGUUGAGAGGGCUGCGGGGGGAGCUACACUCCGUUGUUUAUACUUCUUUGUCCUCUAUUUCCUUUUCUGAAGACUUGUGUAUGUGUUGAAGAUGUUUCACAAAACAAAGGGCAAAGGUGAAACUUUCCCCUCUACCUCCUUUCUCCUGGAGCAUUCAAUAAUUACUGGGUCCCUCCUGGGACAUUUGCGCUGGCAAUUUUUUUCUUUUUCUUUUUGAAAUGGACUCGACGGUGAAAUUGGUUUUUCCAUUCAUAAAACAUCACUGUCAAAUGUUAAGCACAGGAACUGGAGGGAGCAGGGACAUGGCUCUGAGAUGAAGCAAUUGCUCUGCAGAGUUUCUUUUGUUUUUGGGCUUGGGUGGAGGCGCAAAAGUUUGACUUUCUUAUUGACCCACGGGUUCUUCCAGACAGGAGUUCAUUGCUGACUUAAUGCUGCUCACGGCCACAAGUUGCUGUUUUUCCACACAAUGUCCUCCUCAGAAUUCACUCCCUUUUUUAUUUUUAUUUUUUACAUUUAAUCUGUAUUUUCCCAUACCACCUAAAAUCUGAUAAGUAAAAAAACAAAACCUAUUAUGCAUCUGUAGCCACAUUAUGUGUGUGUGGUCUGUCAUGCAUGUUGUUGUAUUUCAGUGCGUGGCCUCUUAUUGUCAUACCUCUACUUCCAGUGGCUCCUCACCUGGGCACAGCUUGCCCAUUUUUGUUUCUAGUGGCCCAAAAUAUCAAAGGAAAGAAACCUAUUUCCAUUUAUUGCAGCAGACUUUGGAGGAGAUGGGUACAGAAAAGCUGGGAUGCUCAAGAGAGUCUCUCUUGUCCCUUUCCUGGCCCCACAGCACUGCUUUCCUAUCUGGUAGUUCUUGCCACCACCCUCUUUUUAUAGGUCACUUACAGCCUCAGAAAAGGGGGAAACUGGGGUGACCAAUUAACUGUUAGACUUGGGGAUCCCAGACCAGUCAGUGCUCCUUGCACCCCCAGCCAAUCCCUUCCAAUCUGCUGCCCCUCCCCCCAAUAUAGCAAAUUCCUGACCUUGACCAACUUUGAUCCUAGACCUCCAACAGGGUGAAAACCAAAGCAGUCUACCUGGGAGCAGGCACUGGGGAUGGUCAGCUUCCCAGUGGUCUGGAAGAUGGGUAUGGAUCCCGUGGUGGUGGUGGGAGGGGACAAUAGCACCUCAGUUUUGAGGGGGUGGCUCUUGGCUCUUUCUGACGAAUGAGAGCACCCCAUUCUCUCAAGAUAUCCACACAGUAAAUGCUGAGUGUAUCCCAGGACAGAAAUCACAGCAUGUACAUCAUGGAGUUGUUUCAAGUUAAUACAGAAGUUUUGCGCUAGACUUCUUUUAUCACUCUUGCUCAAGGCCUUAAAUUACUUUAUCAUUUUUUAAAAAAUCAAAAUGCCUAUUGCACUGCUGAAAAAACCCACAAGCCCUCAUUUUGCCAUUGUGAAACACUUAACUGGAUUAAUAAGGCUAGUAAUGCUCCUUCCUUCCUGGGAAUUGACCCGUCCCUGUCUGGAAGCUCUGUGGAUGACAAUUUAUUUUCCCUAGAAAUGUAAGGGCAGAAAGAGGCUGGUAGAGGGAACCACACACAUGGGCUCUCUGCUCAUACUGCAUAUCCCACUGUACUACUUCCCUUUUCGUGGUGCUUCCAUGGAACUAGGGAACAAGAGAACUCGGGGCAGGUUAGUAUUUCAUCCUGGGGCAAUCCUUCCCAGAGUUUUGUUUUCCUGCAGUUGCUGCUGCUGCUUAUUCUUAUUUAUUAAAUUUCUGUCCUGUCCUUCUUCCCAAAGGAGCCCAGGGCAGCAAACACAGUAGUAAAGUGAUACAGUUAGAAACAAAGACCUAUUUAAAAAAUGGAAAGCAAUUAAGAACAUUUAACAGGAAAUUAAAAACAUACACACACCACCACAUCUAAUUUCAUGGUUUUCUGUAAAAGUAUUUUUCAGCCAUCAUAUGCCUGGGUGAAUGACGUUUUUCAAUUCCUCCUGGAUAUUGUUAAUGGGGAAGACAGAUGUACCUCACCAGGGAGGGCAUUCAAGUAAUGGGGGAACUGCCAUUGGGAAGGCACUGUCAUGGGUCAUUGGUGACCAGGGAGCAUCCAUUGGUCCCAGUGGGGAGUGCAGCUUAUAUGGACAGCACUUGUUUGGGACACUGUGGCAGGCCCCCAAUGGCAUCCUAGGCGGGUUUGUCUUCUGCAGAUUGACUUGGAGCUUGGCUGAGCACUGAGCUAAAUCCCGACUUUGAGCCAAGCAGUGUUGCCAGCUUGAAGGUAGGGCAGAAUGCACAGCUGCAUGCCCCUUUACUUGGCUCAGCUGGUAGGACCUUGCGGUUGCGGAAGAGAUUGACAAUCUUAAAUUAACUUUGCCUGUUGCCCCAUACUACUAACCCCCCAGCAGCUGGUGGGAAGUGCAGGCCUGCCACGUGCUCAGGGCCAUGGCUUGCAGAGUUUUGUGAGUGGUGAAGGUCAUUCUGCGGGGUCUACGUUCUGCAGGGUUAGGGCUAUAAUAUGCACAGAGAACUUCUCCGCCUUGCAGGGCCCCCACAGUGUCUGCACACUAAUCCUGAGCAGUGGUGGGUUUUUGUUUUUUAAAAAACAUAAGGAGGUGCUGACAUUCACAUUUUGGUAAAAGUGUUGCAGGCAGCAGCAUAAAAUGGGUGUCAUGGGCAGCAUAAUCCGAGAUAUUAUGAUGCACUGUGUCAUAACAAAAAAAGUGCUGGGCUGAAGAUGUCUCUCUGUGCGUGUUUAUAGGCAUAUUGUAUAUAAUGUGAGGUGAGGGGAUUUCUUUGAGGUCUCUUGAAGAGUUAAAGUACAAAACCUUAUUUUAGGUACUGGUAGAUGUUAUGUUGUGAUAUAUAUAUAUAUAUUCUGGCAAGCCAAUAACUAGAAAUAGAAUCCGUCUCCUAUCACCUCCCAAGGAAGAAUGAUUUUAGGAGACUGGCAACACCUCCUUCUUGAGUAGGGUGAGGGAUCUGUAACCCAACCUACCCCUGGAUGUUUUGCCUGUUCUAUAUAUAGUAGCUGGCCUCUUGGAAGUUUGUUUUUAUCCCUCUUGGUAAAUAUAUUUUUUGCAGCCAUCAGACACCCCUUCCCCCACCCCCACCAAAGGUUCAAAAUAGGAGUAACUGAUGGAAUUAGGAGUCUAUGCUCUAUAGGAAAAAGGAACAUGUGUACUGUACUUGUUAUCCUGUAUAAAUGACUAAAGGACCCCCCUUUUCUUUUUACUAAAUAUUGAGGAGGGAUGGCUCUUGACUGCAUUAAUCAUUAACUCCCCUGAGCAAGCACAACAGUUAACUUGAGCGUACAACUGAGCUAAAGUAAUGGGAGAUACAGUCUGCUGCUAGAUUUAUGAACUGUGAAUGAAAACGACUCCUCAUAUGUAAGGCACUGCUUGGACUGCCAGGUUGAAUCUUCCUCACUUUGCAACUGGCGGUGUCAUCUGCUCUGGUGCAACAUGCUGCCCAGCAUGUAAGCACUGCUUACACCUACAGUGAUGUUCACCCGCCUGCGCUUUGUGCCCUCUUUGAACAGCUGUGAAGGACUCUUCAGUGUGCAAAACUGCUUGGGUGUUUCAGCCUCCUUGUGGGUGGCACUGUGAAACAAUCCUGUUUCUCCUUGGGCUAUGAUUGCAGCUUUUUGUUCAGCUUUAAAAUGCCCUCAUCUGAAAUUUAGAGACAGGAGAAACUGCAGAUGGGUAAACAGCUGAUAGGGGAAGGGGCAAUAGGUCAGGGGCAGAGCAUUUUCUUUACGUUCAGAAUGUCCCUGGUGUCUCUCGCUAGGGCUGGGAAAGACUCCUUCCUAGAACCCUGGAGAUUUGCUGCCAGUUAGCAUGGACAGAUCUGAGCCAGAUGGACCCAAUGGUCUGACUUGAUGCACCUCAAAUUCCUAUGUUUUUGACAGUUUUAUCAAAGGCCAGCUCCCUUAUUUGGCCAUCUGAAGCCAGUCCCUCUGGUGACGGUGUGGGAAGUGAACUUUCAAGUCAGGUGUCACAAACUCAUGACUUCUUGAAUUGCAGACUGUUAUGGUGGCAUUUGUGGGUUUUUAAUACAUGGCUUGCUCUUGCUGGAUUUCCCCUAACCACAAAAUCUCCUCUAGCGUACCAUGCUUGUGUUUACUACCUAUCCAACAAAUUCAUUCUCAGUGAUGGUUGCAAAGCUAAGUGCCAUAUGGGGACCAGCAGCUUUUUGCCUGGCAUUAUAUUAUAACAAUUGAUCUUGACUUUUUAAAACCUUGUAUCUAAGACCAGUGAUAUGAAUCCUGAAAAAUUACAAUGGUUUGGAUAAUAGGUGGAAUUAGGAAUGAAUGUGCUGGGAUGAAUUUGCAAUGCUAUAGCUUCUCUUCUACAUUACCUAGGCUUUCAUGACUGGGAUAGAUGCUUUUUUUUUUAAAAAAAGAAGAAGACAUGAUACAAUUUCCUGCCAGUUACUGAUAUUGGUUUUUCCCAUGCUUUUCUCCAUUUUUUGAAUUCUAGAAAGUCAUACCAAAGGGACAUCUGA